CUUCUCCAAUGAUUCAAGAGGAGCCUCUCGGGGCCCCCUCACGGCUUCGACUGCGCAAAAUGCCUUUGGCUCCCGGGCUUCAUUUCCGGAUGGGCCAUCAUGUAGGCAACGCAGUUCCUCUUUUCUCGCGUCAUCGGCACUUGCACCGCUGCGCCGGAUAUACUCGUUGAUAUGUCUAUAUAUCUUGUGCUUGCCUCUCCACUCCAACUCGCGCCGUUGCUUGUCAUUCAUCUCUCCAUCUGAUUUUUGUAGCAUUUCAGCUUACGCCUUGGCCUGUGUCGACUCUGAUCUGGACUGGUUGGCCGUACAGAGCUGUAUUAUUACUACCACCUCUCUCUUCUACUAACUCUACCGGUCCAUCCAUCCAUCCAUCCAUCCAUUCAAAUCUCCAUCUCCAUCUCUUUGCUUCCUUUUGUAUCGAGGAGAGCCAUGUCUCCUGCCGUUGUGCACCAGGAUGUCUCUGACACAUAUGAUAUCGUGAUUGUGGGAGCGGGACCUGUAGGAUUGAUGUUGUCUACAUGUCUCUCGCGAUGGGGCUACCGUAUCAAGCACAUUGAUAACAGACCAGAGCCGACGGCGACGGGUCGAGCCGAUGGCAUCCAGCCUCGAUCACUCGACCUCCUGCGGAAUAUGGGACUGAAAUCUGACAUCAUGGCCCACAAGCCUGCCCGUGUUUACGAAGUCGCUUUCUGGGACUCAGAGUCGAGCAAGGGUAUCGGUAGGACAGGUACCUGGGCCAGCUGCCCCAACUUCAUCGACGCCCGUUAUCCGUUCACCACGCUGCUGCACCAGGGCCAUAUCGAGAGGGUGUUUAUCAAUGAUCUUGAAAAGAACGGGACCAGCAUUCAGCGACCCUGGACAAUCACUGGAUUUCAGACACGCAACCCCGAGACGUCGGAAUAUCCUGUUCAGGUUGAGUUGGAACAUGUCAAUGGCACGGAAAAGCAGACCGUGCACGCCAAAUACCUUUUCGGUGGCGAGGGUGCGAGGUCAUUCAUCAGACAGCAAUUAAACAUUGGCUUUCAUCACAAGGACCCCAUCGCCCAUGUCUGGGGUGUGAUGGACGGAGUCGUUAAGACUGAUUUCCCGGAUAUCAAGAUGAAAUGCACGAUUCGGAGUCAGCAUGGCUCCAUCAUGGUUAUCCCGCGUGAGGACAACAUGGUGCGCCUCUACAUCCAGAUCGCAUCUUCUACCGAUGCCGACUGGAACCCGAGGAAGUCGGCAACUGAAGCUGAAGUGCAAGCCUCGGCCAAGAAGAUUCUGUAUCCCUACAAUAUCGAAUGGGAGCGUGUAGAAUGGUAUUCCGUCUACCCUAUUGGCCAGGGAAUUUCAGAGAGGUACACUUUAGAUGAGCGAGUUUUCCUUGGUGGUGAUGCCUGCCAUACGCAUAGUCCCAAAGCUGGUCAAGGCAUGAAUACAGCCUUUUUAGAUGCGCUGAAUCUUGCUUGGAAGAUACAUGCUGUUGAGAGUGGAUUCGCGAACCGAAAUAUCCUCAAGACUUACGAGUCUGAACGAAAAGCAGUAGCAGAAUCAUUAUUGGACUUUGACAACCGCUAUGCGAAACUCUUCUCCCAGCGGCCGCCUGCGGCUUCUGAAGUUCAGGCAGCCUCAGAAACCAUUCCAGAUGGCGACAUGGAUGGUGACAACGAUUUCAUCAAGACAUUCAAGGAAUCCUGCGAGUUCACUAGCGGCUACGGCGUCGCAUACCAGGCCAAUACAUUGAACUGGUCUCCAAGCCAUCCGGCCCAGUCACAUAUCGUCCAGCCCAGCGGUACAACGCUAAAAUCUGGACGUCUGUUGGUGAACGCGGAUGUGACAAGGGUUGUCGAUGCGAAUGUGGUCCACCUUGAACAAGAAGUGCCACUCAACGGCUCGUUCCGCAUCUUCCUCUUUGCUGGAGACCCAGUGAAGAACCGUGUUGCGCUCCGAGACUUUGCAGACAACUUGACUAGCGCCAAGUCAUUUUACACAGCCUACACCCGGCCAGACAUUGCCCAGGUUUCACACCACGAGAAGCACAACCCGCACAGCCAUUUCUUCACGCUGUGCACCAUCUUUGCGGCAAAGAGACCCCGUAUUGAAAUCGCCCGUGACGUACCUAGCGUGCUGGCUCGUUAUCGCGACCACAUCUACGCCGACGACAGAUGGGACCGUCGCGUACUUGAUUCAGUGGCUCCUGCUCACGCAAAGAUGGGCUUCAAUGAGGAAAGGGGCGGUGUUGCUGUUGUCCGACCAGACGGCUAUGUCGGCUUUGUGACUUCUCUAGUAGAGGGUUCGGGCACCGUUGACGCUUUGAACGCAUACUUUUCAGCAUUUUGUACUAAGAAAUUUGGAAACACUGCUCAGCUGUAGACUUGAUAUUAUUGGGCGACAAUAGAGAUGAGGAGAGGAGGGCACUGAAGCAUUUUACUUUUGUGAUACUACAACUUUCAUCUCUGCGACUUAGAGAUUUUUUUUUUUUCCUUCCGUAUCUCGUUUAUUGAAGCAUUACUGUACUUUCUAGCAGCUAAUUACUUUUCACUGUUGGUUG